CGAAUCCUACUAAUGUUUAAACCGAAACCCUAGAAUUGAUUAAGAUUAUUUGCAUACAUAUGAAUCUGAAUAUGGAUUGCAUUCAUACUGUUUAAAAGGAAUCGACCAGCAUGUAGUUUAUAAAAUCUUGAAACCGUUUGCAUUAAGUAGAACUACAUGGCCGUGUGGCUUAAUGAUUGUUUCGCACCAUGGUCGAUUAGAUUGCUUGAUUUUCAUAAAUGCGUAAGACAUGUUUGUGGCCGAGCUUGUCGAUUAUCUUGCGGCCACAUGAUCACAUUGUGAGACUUAAUUUUGAAUGAUGAUGUGAUUCAGAUGUCGAAAAUCUCAAAUAGAGACUAUGCAGCCCUUAAUCUCUCCAGAGAUAACUACUUGCAGUGGGCGCCAGAUACAAAGAUCAGUCUAAGGUCAAAGGGACUUGGUGAUACUAUCAUCAAGGGCAACAAUGAGAUCGAUAAGAAUCGGUACAUGGCUAUAAGUAUUAUACGCCAUCACCUCAUUGAAGGUUUAAAAGAUCAGUACAUCACGAUGGAAAAUCCACUAGAACUUUGGGAUGCUUUACAGCAUAGAUAUGAUCACCAGAAAACAAUGUUACUUCCAAAGGCUAGAAACGACUGGAAGAAUCUUAGAUUCUUGGAUUAUAAGUCGGUGGAUGAGUACAAUUCAGUCUUAUUUAAGACGGUCUCGAUGCUGAGACUUUGUGGUGAAGUAGUAACCGAAGAAGAGUUACUUGAGAAGACUUACUCUACAUUCCAUUCAUCGAAUGCAAACAAUGAGCUCCUGAUGAAGAACAGUGAAGCUAGACUUGUUGGAACAGCACCAUUACCGGAAGCUAAUGAGGUUGAAAAGAAAGAACCCAACGAGUGCAAUUACAUCCAAAACAAUAAGAGAUCACACGGCAAUGGCCGUGGUGGUUACAAGGGGCAUGGCAGUGACAAUUACCCGAACAGCCGAGACAACUACUCGACCGGCCGGAAAGGAAACCACAAUAACCGUGGUCGUGGUUCCAAUUAUGGCCGUGGCCGGGGUAGUUAUGGCCGUGGUCAAGGCGGCAUAUCCAAACCGUCUUACUCGACCAAAUCCGUUUGUCACAGAUGUGGAAUGGGAAACCAUUGGGCCAAGAACUGUAGAACCCCUAAGCACUUAUGUGAGCUCUACCAAGAAAGUCUGAAGAACAAGAACCCGGAGGCUCACAUGGUUCACGAUUCCGGAUAUGAGGCCAAUAAUGAUUCCGACAUUGCUAAAGAUGACCAGAUGGACUUUGAGACUUCUGAUUGUCUCAAGGACUAA